AUGGCCGAAGAACCAGAGGAGGUGUCUUGUACCUUCCAGGGCUGCAGACUUAGCUUCAAGUCUGCCGGCGAGAUGCAAUACCACAAGGCGAAUGCAGACAGACACUCUUACUGCAUGAAAUGUGACCUCGACUUCCAGUCUCAGCAGGCCCUCCAUCUGCACAAGAUUAUGAGCGACCGCCACUUUGCUUGCCCCGAAUGCUGUCUUGAGCUCCGCAGUGAGGCUGGUCUGGAAGUCCAUAUGAGAAACAAUCACCAGGAAGGACGUGAAGUCGCAUGCAUGGGAUGCGGUUGCACGUACAACUCCGCUUCUGCAGUCAUCAAGCAUAUCGAAGACAAGGGAUGCCCCGUCCUUAUGCUGCCAGAGAAAACCCGCGAUGCCACUAGCCAGGACCUUCCCAGCGCAGCAGCAAUUCUGUCCAUGGGUCGACAUUCGCCUGGACCACAGUAUCCACCCUCUGAAGCCUCUAGCGAGGACCAGGACACGGAUGGUGGCGUUCCGCUGGAUUUCUCUACGCCUCGUAUGGAAGGAAAGCGCCCUGCUCGCGACACUAACUAUGCAAGCUUUUCUCUUGAUGAUUGGCCCGAGCUGGGCACUCCAGCGACUCCAGUCAAAGGCAAAGAAGGAAGUAGCUCCACUGAAUCGUCCGGAGGUGCCCGCCUCGAUGAUCUUUUGAGUUACGACAGUCCUUCCCCGUCUCCUCGCGGAGCUACUAACCAGUCGAGCGAGGCUGGAUCUACUCUGGCUGUUCAAGAAGCAGGCCCUUCUCACCAUACUAGAUCCACUCGUGGCCGAGCUACAGCUCACCGCAAGAUUCAAGGUGUGGACCCUGAGAGCUUCUGGAAUCAUGAGAAAAGUCGCUACUACUGCAACUGUGGUGCGUCUUUCUUGUACCUCGCCACCUUUGAGUAUCAUCUCACGAUGGAGGAUGAAACAAUCAGCGAUUGCCCUCGAUGCUUCAAACGAUUCAAGACUCUUGCCGCGCUCGUCGCUCACAUGGAGGCUCGAUACUCCAAGUGUGCUUUCCGUGUGACCACUGGCCAGAUUGAACAGGAGCUCAGUGAAGUUACUCGUGGCUUUGCCGAUAUCUCGCGGAUGAUUGGGGAUGAUGAAACGGAGCUGGGCGAGAUCGAUUUCGAUGUGAGUAGCCAGCCCGAGAACAAUACUACCGGGGCUUCGGAUGCAGACGCCGCAUCUCUGAGUGCAGAUGAUGUCUCUUUGAACGCAGUGGCCAUCUCUUUGGAUGCAGAUGACGUUGCUUCAAACGCAGCAGCUGUAUCUUCCAACGCAGGGGCCGUUUCCCCUACCAUGGAAUCCCUAGUGAGUGAUUGGGAGGGUCUUGUCUUUUCCGAUGCACACGAAGAAAAUGACAAGGAGGACCCUUGA